AUGCAUGAGACUGGGAGUUUUGCAGCAUCACGUACUAGACGUGAGAAGAAGAAUAGAAGAGGCCAACAAGAAGCGCUUGAGCGUCUGAAAAAGGCCAAAGCUGGCGAAAAAAUAAAAUAUGAGGUUGAGGAGUUCACAGGUGUUUAUGAUGAAGUAGAUGAGGAUGAAUACUCCAAGAUGGUCAGAGACCGUCAGGAUGAUGACUGGAUUGUUGAUGAUGAUGGGAUAGGCUACAUAGAAGAUGGAAGGGAAAUCUUUGAUGAUGAUCUGGAUGAUGAUGCUCUUAGUUCCAAUAAGAAAAGAAAAGGUGGCAGAACAUCUACGAUUGAUAAAAAGAAGAUGACAAAAUCUGCGGUGUCCAAGCCAAACACUAUUAAAUCUAUGUUUAUGGCCAGUGUUGGGAAGAAAAACACAGAUAAAACUGUGGACCUGUCAAAAGAUGAUUUACUGGGGGACAUUCUUCAAGAUCUGAAAGCUGAAACAGUUCAGCUAAGUCCACCACCAAUUAUAAUGCUGAAAAGGAAAAGAUCUGCUGGAGUACCACUGAAUCCUUUCUCUGUGCAGUCCCAAACUUCUAAGGCAAUCACCCCUACAUCAAAGAAAGCUCCUGCUCGGCUCAGAAACGAAACUCUUCCUCCAGCUUCAUUUCAUUCCAAACAUCUCAAUUCUGCAUCAAAAUCUGUCAGGGUCCCUGAAAAUGAGGAUACCAAGUAUGUGCAAAAAGCUACAGAAAAUGGGGGAGUAGUGAAGACAGCAGGAGAGAAAGGCACUGAAGAUGAUGAUCAGGGAAUGAUGGAUUUUGAUGAGGAGGACUUUGAUGAACCUAUGGAAGCAGAGCAUGUGGAAACUGUACCUGAGACAGCUGAAAGCUUGAAAGGGGACAACGAGAUUGAAAAGAGAGAGACAGAGCAGCUGGAAUCGGAGAAGAAAGAGACGUCUGUCUUAAGUUGUUCUCUCCCAGAUGUCUCGUGUUGGGACAGAAUUGAUGAGGACGAAGCUGAUCUAGUAGCAGCAGAAGUUCAGCUGGACCCCAAUCUCCUUCCACUUGUGAAUGGGGAAAAUGGUGAUCAAGUUUUCAGAUUUUAUUGGCUGGAUGCUUACGAAGAUCAGUACAGUCAGCCAGGUGUGGUAUUUUUGUUUGGCAAAGUUUGGAUUGACUCUGCAAACACCUAUGUCAGCUGUUGUGUGACAGUGAAAAAUAUUGAGAGAACUGUUUAUCUACUGCCGCGUGAAACAGAAAUGGACUUGUCUACUGGCAAAGAGACGGAGACUCCGGUGACUAUAAUGAGUGUUUUCAAGGAGUUUAAUGACAGCAUUUCACCAAAGUAUAAGAUAAUGAAGUUCAAAUCCAAGAAAGUGGAAAAGUAUUAUGCUUUUGAGAUUCCAGAUGUACCAGCAAAAUCUGAAUACUUAGAAGUUAAAUAUUCGGCUGAAUGCCCUCGGCUUCCCCAAGAUCUCAAAGGACGAACAUUUUCACAUGUGUUUGGAACUAACACCUCUAGUCUGGAACUUCUCUUGAUGAGUCAGAAGAUCAAAGGACCAUGCUGGCUGGAAAUAAAAAAUCCACAGCCCUCAAAUCUGUCAGUCAGCUGGUGUAAAGUGGAGGCAGUGGCCAUGAAGCCUGUCUUGGUGAAUGUGGUUAAAGAUCUUUCUCCUCCUCCUCCUCUGGUUGUCAUGUCCCUCAGCAUGAAGACCACUCAGAACCCAAAGACUCACCAGAAUGAGGUUGUGGCUCUUGCAGCUCUGGUUCAUCAGAAAUUUCCUUUGGAUAAGGCUCCACCUCAGCCUCCUUUUCAGACACACUUCUGUGCUGUUUCCAAACCGAACGAUUGCAUUUUCCCUUACGACUUCAAAGAAGCUAUUAAAAGGAAGAAUGCUAAAAUAGAAAUUGCUGCAACAGAGAGAACACUGCUGGGGUUUUUCCUUGCGAAGAUUCAUAAAAUUGACCCAGAUGUUGUUGUGGGUCAUAAUAUUUAUGGAUUUGAUCUGGAAGUGCUGCUUCAAAGAAUUAAUUUGUGCAAAGUCCCUCACUGGUCCAAGAUAGGUCGACUGAGGAGGUCUAAUAUGCCAAAGCUUGGGGGUCGGGGAGGGUUUGCUGAAAGGAAUGCUGCCUGCGGUCGAAUGAUCUGUGAUGUAGAAAUUUCCGCAAGAGAAUUAAUUCGUUGCAAAAGUUACCAUUUGUCUGAGCUGGUCCGUCAGAUUUUGAAAACAGAGAGGGCAACGAUUCUACCAGAGGAAAUUCGAAAUAUGUACAGUGAUUCUCCUCGCUUACUGUUCAUGCUGGAAAACACCUGGAUAGAUGCCAAGUUCAUUCUGCAGAUCAUGUGCGAGCUCAAUGUUCUGCCCCUGGCUCUUCAGAUAACAAACAUCUCUGGGAAUGUCAUGUCAAGGACAAUGAUGGGUGGACGAUCUGAACGCAAUGAGUUCCUGCUGCUUCAUGCAUUCCAUGAAAAGGACUACAUAGUGCCUGACAAGCAAAUGUUUAAAAAGCCUCCACAAAAGCUGGUGGAUGAAGAUGAAGAUUUUGAAGAUCAGAACAAAUCAAAGAUAGGGAAAAAGAAAGCAGCAUAUGCUGGGGGCUUAGUCUUGGAUCCCAAAGUUGGUUUUUAUGACAAGUUUAUUUUGCUUCUCGACUUCAACAGCUUGUACCCAUCAAUUAUCCAGGAGUUCAACAUCUGCUUUACCACAGUGCAGCGACUGUCAUCAGAAGCACAGAAGAGGGCAGAGGUUGAAGAAGAGGAAGAAAUUCCAGAGCUUCCGGACCCAUCUCUGGAAAUGGGAAUUUUGCCUAAAGAAAUCAGGAAACUGGUGGAGAGAAGGUGCCAAGUUAAGCAGUUAAUGAAACAGCCAGAUUUAAAUCCUGACCUUUAUUUACAGUAUGAUAUCAGACAGAAGGCUUUGAAACUCACUGCUAACAGUAUGUAUGGCUGCCUGGGAUUUUCCUACAGCAGAUUCUAUGCCAAGCCUUUGGCUGCCUUGGUGACACAUAAGGGGAGAGAGAUCUUGAUGCAUACCAAGGAGAUGGUGCAGAAGAUGAACCUUGAAGUGAUUUAUGGAGACACAGAUUCCAUUAUGAUAAACACUAAUAGCACCAAUUUGGAUGAGGUCUUCAAGCUAGGGAAUAAGAUCAAAAGUGAAGUGAACAAGCUCUACAAAUUGUUGGAAAUUGAUAUUGAUGGAAUUUUUAAGUCCUUGCUGCUAUUAAAGAAGAAGAAAUACGCUGCUCUGGUUGUGGAACCAACAGGAGAUGGGAAAUACGUAACUAAACAAGAACUGAAAGGAUUGGAUAUAGUCCGAAGAGACUGGUGUGAUCUUGCAAAAGAGACUGGAAACUAUGUAAUUGGUCAGAUUCUUUCUGAUCAGCCCCGAGACAUAAUCGUGGAAAACAUUCAAAAGCGACUUAUAGAAAUUGGAGAAAAUGUGACCAAUGGUCAGAUCCCAGUAAAUCAGUUUGAAAUAUACAAGGCAUUGACAAAAGAUCCACAGGAUUAUCCUGACAAAAAAAGCUUGCCACAUGUGCAUGUUGCCAUGUGGAUAAACUCUCAAGGAGGCCGAAAGGUGAAGGCAGGAGACACAGUGUCAUAUAUCAUUUGUCAGGAUGGAUCAGGUCUCAGUGCCAGCCAGCGAGCGUAUGCUCCAGAGCAGUUACAAAAGCAAGAGAAUCUUACUAUUGAUAUCCAGUACUACCUGUCACAGCAAAUACAUCCAGUAGUUGCUAGAAUAUGUGAGCCCAUAGAAGGAAUUGAUUCUGUUCUUAUUGCAACUUGGUUAG